AUGGGCAGUACUCAGUAUGAUAACGUGGUAGCAGUUAUCUCGAAGAAACCCGAACUUAGACAAGACUUCGAGAUACAGGGAUUGUUACCAUGGUUGCGGAAGAAAUCUCAAUUAUUUUCGCAACUUAAGACAGAUUACCUAAAAGAUAUAGUGCGAAACUGUGGAAUGGUAUCUUUUGAUAAAGAAGAGAUGAUAAUCAAACAAGGGGAUAGAGGCGAUUGUUUUUAUAUAAUCCUGGACGGUAAGAUAUCGAUCUUUAUACUGAACAAGGACAAGGAUGCCGAUGACGAUGACAAAGCAAUGGAAGAAAUCGGUAAACGGACACCGGAAGGAAAGUUAGACAGGAGCAAACUCGGCAAUUUCGUCACACAUUUAGGGUCCGGCGUUCCUUUCGGGGAAGUGGCACUGAUGUCAGACGAUUGCAUUCGAACAGCAUCUAUCAUUUCUGAAGAAAAAACAGACCUUCUUGUAGUGGACAGGGCGCUUUACAACAGAGCCGUCAAGAUCGUUUUAGCAAAGGAAUUCGAAGAAAAAGUAGAAUUUAUCAAAUCAAACCCUUUAUUUGCCAACUGGGCACCAAGAUACAGGAAGCAAUUGACCAUGGCGAUGUAUAAAGAAACAUUUCCGUAUGACAGUAUUCUCGUCAAGCAAGGAGAACCUGUCACCAAUAUAUACUUUGUUAUAAGCGGUCAAGUGGAGAUCCAGAUUGAUCCUUCCCACCACCAAGUGCAAUAUCCACGCAUCUUUAUGGAGGCCCAGAACGAGUCAGACAGGUUGAUAAGAAAACACGAGAAGAUCCGUCCCCCAACAGAAGUACAGUAUUCGACUUUCGUGAAGAAAAAAGACUCCACCAAAUACUCUAAAUUGUGUAUUCUAGGCAUCAACGAAAGUAUAGGAGAAGUGGAGGUUUUAUUGGAUCUACCGACUUAUACUCAGACAGCUGUUUGUACGGAGAAAACCGACGUACUCGUGCUGGAGAUGAAACACUACGAACGUCUGUUUGUGCGACGACAUCCUCGCACCAUCGAGUCCAUGCGUGCAAUGUUUAAAGUGAAAUUAGACACACGUAUGAACCUACUUACCAACAAAGAGGAACUGCCAUUCUUAAACCUUUUAAAAGACAGAAUUGAUUCAUACAACAAUCCGAAACCAUCCGCGGAUAAAAAGAAAAAGGAACUUACCUCCGCUUCCGCAGCAGAAAAGGAGUUCUUGAACCACAAAGGACCGCUAAUAGACAUGUACGGUCCUGGUAGUGUAUUCUAUAUGAUCCGUGUUAGGGAAAAACACAAGCAAAAAUACAAGGCUCACAAAGAACGCGGAAAUUUCAAGAAACCUGUCACUAACGACAAUGGUCAUUUGCACUCUGUCAGGGUGCCUCAUACACUUCUAAUGGCAGCACAAAUGUCUGGAGCGACCAGGGAUUCGGAUGCGUUAAGUGAACGUUCAGAACAAACACGAAUUUUGUCUAGCAGAAUCCCCAGUGCCCGUUCUCUUCCUCAUCGUAAUGCUCGGUCUUUUCGUCGGAUACAGAGUGCUACGCGAGCCACUGAGUCCGAGGAAAAACAACAAAAUGAAGAAAAUGAAAAGAAUAAUGAUCAUGUCGACGAUGAUGAUUUUGAAUUGGCAAAAUCUCUACCUGACACUCGACAGGCCACAGUCAUGUUUCCCGACACAAAGGAAGACAUGGCUCUUACGUCACUUGAAGAGAGAGUCCGGGAAUGGCUUGACAAAGGUAGCACAUCGCGUGGAUCUCCACAAGUGGCGCAGCUUAGACGACUUCCGAUGCAGGAACUUGAGACGCAGCCCAAGCCGGGAAACAAAGUGAUAUUGAGACGACGCGUUCGCUUAAAUGAUCCACCGGAAAUAGAAAGAACUUUCCACAACGGGGAAACAACUAUGGCUCCAACAGAAUCCAUUGAACAUUUUAAAAUUCUUAUAACCUAA